GAAGAGUUGGAAUUUUUUUCAACAUCUCUUUCCUUCAAGGUCUCAGUAUCAUCAAAAUGACUGCCGAGUAUUCCCCACUCUUGACCAAUAACACUCGUAGUCAAGCAAAUCAUGCCAUUAACCAAGACCUCUUAGCUGAGAGACCAACACAGGGCUCCAACUUUACAGCAUACGUCAAUGUUCUUUGUAUCGUUGCAGGUAGUGGAACUUUAGGACUACCGUAUGCUCUCCGGAUGGGUGGAUGGGUCGGUGUUGGUAUCCUGAUACUUUCUUUGGCUAUGUCCAUCUACACCAGUAUACUGCUGAUCAAGUGUCUUUAUUACAACGGGACAUACCGCCUCUCUUCGUUUCAAGAGGUGGGCUACCAUGCAUUUGGGCGACCGGGUUUGAUCGCUGUCUGGUUCUUUUAUGGAACCUUGGCAAUAGGUGCCCCUGUCAUGUACUUGAUUCUCGCAGGAACAGAAAUGAGUUUAAUCACUGGCGUGGAACUAGAUCCCCAGACCUGGAUUUGGUUCUGCGCAAUCUUUGUGGGAGCUCAGUUUGUGUUCUUGAAAACACUGAAGGAGGUCGUGUACGUUUCCAUCUUGGGCUCACUAGCAACAGUAGUUCUAGUCAUUAUCGUUGUCCGUGGAUCCAUCCUUGACUUUGACAACCCAGAAUACGAAAAUGUUGAGCACCAUCUCAUCAUAUUUAAAAACCUCCCCGCUAUGUUUGCCUCGAUGUCCGUUUGCUACGGCGGUAACAUUGUCUUUACACAUGUCGAGGGGUCAAUGCGGCGGCCCAAAGAUUGGAAUCGUGUUGUGACUGCCGCUUUAGCCACAUGCUCCAUUCUGUAUCUUGCUACCGCCAUUCCCGGCUACAUCGCCUAUGGCGACCGUUUGAAAUCUCCUAUCCUUGAUAACUUGCCUAAGGAUGUUUUCACCAAGAUCGGGGCUACUGUCAUUGUCCUCCAUGUCCUAUUUGCUGCGCCCAUUCCAUUGAUAUCCGUUUCUCUAGAACUAGAGCGCAUAGCCAAUAUCAAGCUCGCUCAUCACGGAAACGCUAUGGAGUAUCUCUACCGGACGAUUAUUCGCGUCCUUCUUAUUGCAUUCUGUGGGAUCACCGCAUGCACUGUCCCUUAUUUCGGAGACUUUUUGUCCCUUCUGGGGGCUCUAGCCAAUUGCUCCAUGAUUUAUGUAUUACCGAUUGUUUUUUAUUUCAAGUUGAUUGGAUGGAGACACAUGAGGCGGUAUGAACUGGCUUGGUGUGCCGCUAUUGUCAUAACUGGUGUUCUCAGCGCCAUUAUUGGAUCUAUCGAAGCUAUUAAAGCGCUCAGAGAUGAUUUUGAGAAUGACAACGGUAACUGAGAUUUCCU